UUUCAGAACUAGAAUGCACAGAAUUGAUUGCAAAAUCGAUACAGCGUUUGGGCCUUGCAAGAGAAUUCAAGAGGAUGGAAUAAAGGCUUGUUCUUAUUGUGUUGUGCCUCACUUGUGAUCGUGGAAUGGUUGUAGUCAAGCCGCCUUCAAAUACUUUCUACUUUUCUUCCAAUGUAAUCCUGUAUUUGACAAUCGGUGGAGCUGGUUUUGCAUACUUAGUAGUUUUGUCGAUAUGCAUUCUUCGACGGCAGCGAUACGCAAGUUUUAUGAAACGUGAUGUUUUGAUUAAAUCCCAUAUUGCUGUUGCUUUAAAAUAUGAAAACGAAAAAGGUCCAGGAGGUCUGAAAAACUCACCAUCAUCACUCUCAUCACCGUUUUCCUCUGAUAGCUCGGGCUCUAGUCCUGUUAUACCAGCUCAAUCAUCCAUUAUUUCACCACAACCGUUGAGCCGGUUGCCUCCUUUACAGCUAGGAUCAAUUCGAGGAUUUAUCCGUUUCAGUGUUCACUACAGCAUCGAGAAUUCAACAUUACAGGUUAACAUAAUAUCUUGUCGGGAUUUACCAGAAUUAGUGGUGCCAUCCGAUGGUCAAUGUCUCCUGGAACCAUAUGUCAAACUUCAACUACUACCGGAGAAAGAACACCGUGUUAAGACUCGUCUUGUUCGUGCAUCUAGAAAUCCGCAAUAUGAUGAAAUAUUUUCUAUGUAUGGAAUGGAUACAUUACAACUCCCUACAACCAGUUUGCAUUUCGCGGUGAUUGCAUUCGAUCGUUACAGUCGAGAUACACUACUAGGUGAAGCAGUAUACCCACUGAAAGAUGCAAAUUUGUUGAGCAGUGAGAUUAUCACCGUGGAUUUGAAACUAGAAGGUCGUGGAAAAGGAACAAAUAAUGACAACCGUGGACAAGUAUUGCUAUCAUUGUGCUAUCAGCCAACGACACAUAGGGUUACAGUUGUAUUGAUUAAAGCGAAAGGUUUGCCAAAAUUGGAUGUCAGUGGAAUGGCUGAUCCAUAUAUUAAAAUUUAUUUGCUGUAUAAGGAGCAGCGGAUUUCCAAGAAGAAGAGUCAUGUGAAAAAAUGUACACUAUCACCGGUUUACAAUGAAUCGUUUGUUUUUGAGUUGCCAUGCACUGAGGAAGAAGACUUGGAUAACGUUAAAUUUGAAAUUGUGGUUAUGGACUGGGAUCGCUUGACGAAAAAUGAGGUGAUGGGUAAAUGUUUUAUAGGAUCCAGUGAUGAGCACUGGCUUCAGGUACGGAGCAAUCCACGACGCCAAAUUGCUGAAUGGCAUCAGUUGUCCGUCUGAACUAGAAAUCGAAAAAUCUCAAACUAAAUUAUCAUAUUUUCCUCACUACAUUAUUCCUAAAAUCACAGGUGUGUAUUGUGCCAAUUUAAAAAAUUCCGUU